UAUAAAAGUUAUCAGUGCAUAAAGUGUGAACACUUUGUUAGCUUGUUAUAAGUAGCUUUGUUAAGUGUUAUAGUGGUGUAAGUGUUGUAGUAGAGAGUGUUAGUGAUGGUUGUAGUGUAGUAUAGUGAAGCUUCACUACACUACACUAAUAUGUACAAAGGUCUGUGAAACGGAACAAAAUAUGAAAGAAAUGUUUUGAGCGAUGAAGUGUGUAGUGAAGUGUUGUAAAGUGUUUCUCUCCCUCUAACACUGUUGCUUCUCACUCCCCUACAUCAUGACUUAAAAUAUAAGACCUGCAAGAAAGUUUUGAUGUGAGAAUAAAUGUUAAUAUGGCGAUGUUGAGGGUAAGAGAGGCUAAGAAUGUGAAGGAAGAAGAUGAGAAGUGCAUUAGUACCUUGUGAAUACCAUGAUAAUGUUUGACAUGUGGUAAGCUGUCAAGUGUACCAUGAAGAACAAGACGGAGGUGUCAAGCACAGAUGUGUGUGUCAGGAUGAGCAAGACUGGGGGGCUGGAGGGGGGAGGGUUGGGGAUGCUAGAGAAGCGGCCACCUUCCCCCCACUCUCCCCCUCCCCCUCCCUCCCCUCCAACAAGCACUCACACUCCUCCCUCACAGACAAAAAUUAAGUGUGAGAGUCCAGUGCCACCUUUGAGUGCCCAGGUUACAUCUCCUCGACCCCCACCAUCACCUCCCAACACUGGCCCAGGAGCUGAGAUCAAGGGCAAGCCUGGGACUCCCAUCCCCAGUGGUAGUGCCAGAGGUACCUUGCCCCGUCCUGGUAGUGCUGCUGGGGACGAGGUCAAGGUCAGUGCCGGCACUACUGCCACAGCCACUGCUGGGGGAAGAUUGACGUUUUUUAAAGAGGGCAAAUUUCUGCUGGAGUUAUCACAUCGAACAGAUAUGGGUGCCCCUGCCGGUUGGGUGCCAGUAAAGAGCAAGACUUACUGGCCACCACCUUCAUCUGCCACCACCACUACCACACAACACCCACUGCGUCAUGAUACUCCUACUUCACAGUCUGUUUCAGAUGACUGCUCAUCAUUAAAUUCUUCUCCAUGGACCGGUGAGCAUUUGAGGAAGCAGUUGACACCUCGGCGUAGCAAAGCCUUUGUGUUACAGCAAGUUUCUUUCCACUGGCAUGCAUUGCCUUUUACACGUAAUAUAAGGAAAAAAAUAAGAUAUAGACGAAACCCUUUUGUAUAUAUCAAUGGCCCAGUUGGUUGCUGGGACCCUACUGAGGAGACAUUUGUUUCACGUAGAACAGUUAAAUCAGAAUGUAAUGAAAGUGCACUUAACGAAAAGAAAUAUAAAUUAGAGGCACAAAUUGUGUUAUUGGGAUCAAAACUUGGUUAUAAGGUAGAUACUGUUACUUCAAUUCAAGCACUCUUUGAAAAGCCAGUAGUAAAUGCUGAAGUUGUUGAUCCCACUUUUGUGUCGCCUAGGAAAAGGUAUCUACGGCAGAUGGAAACAGACCAAGAAUCUAUACAUCGUAAAAAGCUGCAUUCUGGAGCAAACAGUGUCUCUCACAUCCCUGGGGAGAACUCUUCAUCCUCUUCUACAACUCAUUCUCAGCCCAAUAGAAGUGCCAUUAAUUCAUUGACACCAUCAGUAUAUAGCAUUGAAUCCAUUUUAAACAAUGAAACUGCCAACAGGAAGAAUGAUUCCUUCCUUAGAACUUUAUUAAAACCAGAACCGAAACCCAGUGGUACUCAGUCUAAAUCUAGUGUUUUAAGAGACCGUAUUAGCAGUGAUGCGCUAGGAAGUACAGUUAAGAUAGAGAGACAAGAACGGACAGACAGAGUGGCUUCUGACAGACUGGAACAACUAAGUGCAAGUCAGAUUGAAAGGACGGACCCACUUGUUGAUCUAAGCAGACACACUACAGAGAGAUAUGACCUAUCACGUUAUGGACCCAUGGCAAGUUUGUAUGGCCUUAAUCCAUACUUGGACCCUCGGUACAUGAUGCUACAAUCUCUACAAUCUCUGACUCCUGGAUUAGUUCCUUCAGUGUCUUCCCAGCAUACAGAGAUGGCACAAGCUGUUGCUGCAGCAACUGCUGCAGCUGCAGCUGCUGCAGCAGCAGGACUUAGUACAUACCAAUUAGGACAUUUGCAUCCAUCUCUGACUGGGUCCCAGUAUCAACACCUACUGUCUGGGAAUUUAUCUAGUGGGUAUACACCGCCUACUUCAAUAGCAGCCCAACUGUUGCGGCCUCAGUGUCAGUCAUCACGAUCCUCGCCUCAUGCCAUGUCCCAUAGCCCGAGUCCUAAGCCACAGGUUCCCAGCACACCGGCAUCCCCUCACUUGAGCAGAGGGGCCAGCCCUCGUGGCACUUCCUCACCGUGGCAGCAUCCACCAGCUGUGCACCCACUCUCACCACAUAGGUCAUCAUCUUCACCACUACCAUCUCCACCUCCUCAAGAUGCACCGCUGAACUUAUCUAAACCACGGAAUCACACUGCAAAGUAAGAACCAAGAGGGUCAUCAUCUGAUGAAAUUUUUUGUGUGUGAGAGAUUGUAAUAUAUACCUAGUGGACGUAAAGGCAAACAUUUGUGAGUUAUGCACAAGAAUUCCCUGAUUGAUAGGAAGGAUUAUAGUGAAUUAAUGCAGGUAGUCAUGCACUCUAAUAAGUCAAAAUGAAUAUUUAAAUUAUCCUACCUAGCUCUUAUGUGCUUUAAUGUUGUAGGAUAUUCUAAGUAUGUGAACUUGCCCUUAAGAUUCACAACCAAAUGCCAAUUUAAUGCUUAAUAGAUAUUUUUGGAAAUGGAUGAUUCCCAUUUUCUCUUCUCUUAGUACAAUUUUAUGUAUAAAAAGAUAUAACAGAAUUACCACUGUGUAUAUAUGUGCCUCUUGUAGAUGUAAAUUGUAGAUUUGUAGGUUUAGAUAUUUCUCUACAAGGAAACAUGAUUUAUGGAUUAAUGAAAAAUAAUUCUAUAGAAAGUGAAAUUGCUAGAUUCAGUAUUACUUGUGGUGUGCAGGUGAGAAGUUUUAAAACUUUUGGAGCUAGACUUGUCAUUUAAUUUUUAAGGAAACAAAAAUGUGUCUUAUGAAUAAGCAUGAAUAUCAAGCUACAUCAGAUUGAGAGUGAUUCAUUCAUUAGCAGCGAGAGGGUACCAACAUACUGCAGUCCUCCUUCCAACCACCUUUCUUUACAUCUGUCCAGUAACAGCAUAUAUUGUUUCUGUAUUUCUCAAAUUGUAAACUUAUAAGAGAGUUACUAUAUUCCUGGCUAUUUGAAGGAGUGUAAGCUAAUAAGGAGUAAAUUAUAUUAUCUGUAUAUAUAUUUAAUGUAUUAACUACUCAAGGGUCUUGCUCUUUUUUAUUUUUUCCUUAAGGAAUUAAUAUGGCUUGAUUCAAUGCCUUUAAUAUCUUCUGUCCAUCUUAAAUUAACUUAAUGUUGCUCAUUUUGAGAAAUGCCAAGUAAAUAUAGACAAGGUUCAGAUAUAUUAACUAGUAUGGAAAUUAAGCAACUCUACUUUUUUAUAUAGCAAUUCAACAUGUAUUUUCUGUGCUUCUUGAUGAAACAUUUAUGUUCGUGAGCAUUAGGUGUCCACUUGUGGGCAAAUUGUUUUGUUUUCAUGAUUAUUUUUCAUUGUGGAUAUGCCUACUAAUUGAAAAAUUAGCUUUUAGAAAGGGGGAAGAGAUAGAGGUAGGUAUGUGUGUGUGUGUGUGUGUGCACGUAUGCAUCUUUAUUUUUUCACCUACAUUUGGUUGCAUGGGUUGAGUCGUGGCUCCUGGCCUCCCUCUUCGCUGGUUGCUACUAGGUUCACUCCUGGAUUCAAGAGCCUUAUCAUACCUCUCCUUAUAGCUAUAUGUGGAUCCUCCCUCUACCACUUCACUCUCCAGUUCAUUCCACUUCCUGACUAAGGCUGACGAAAUGCUUCCAAUCGUCCCUAUGACUCGUCUGAGUUUUCAAUUUCCAGCUCUGCCCUCAUGUUCCUGUUUCCCAUCUCUCAACCUAUCCCUAGUCACCCUGUCAAUUCCUCUCAGUAUUUUGUAUGUUAUAUCCUUCCUAGUUCUUCUAUCCUCCAGUGUCAUCAUUUUAUACCAACCUUAACUUCUCCUUCUACACAUACUCCUUAGUUCUGGGACUAGUUGCAAACCUUUGCACU